AUGUCGCCUCCCACUGCCACUGACAACGUCCCUGCUUCUGAGCCUGCCGCCAAGGAGGUGCAGAAGGGGGCUCCCAAGUUCAAAUUUCCCAAGCCCGUCACCUACGACACUCCCGAAGACGAGCGACGCGGUCGCAAGGAGAGGCUUGCUCAGGCCUUCCGUGUGUUCGGCAUGCUCGGAUUCGAAGAGGGUGUCGCCGGACACCUGACGUUCCGCGACCCCAUCCUCAAGGACCACUUUUGGGUCAACCCCUUCGGCAUUCCCUUCCGCUUCAUGACCGUCUCGGAUCUGCUGCUCAUCGGUCCUGAUGGCAGCAUUGUCGACGGUGGUCGUCCCGAAAGGAUGCUGUACAACCAGGCUGCUUUCGCCAUCCACCACGCCAUUCACACGGCUCGACCCGACCUCGACGCUGCUUGCCACUCGCACUCGAUGUAUGGAAAGGCCUUCGCCACUCUCGGCAGGAACAUCGAGAUCACUACUCAGGACAGCUGCGCCUUCUACAACCAGUGUGCGCUGUACGAGAACUUUGGCGGUGUCGUGCUCGCUGACGAGGAAGGAGACAACAUCGCCCGCGCGCUUGGCGACAAGAACCGCGCUCUCAUCCUGCAGAACCACGGCAUCCUCUCGGCGGGCACCUCGAUCGAGGCCGCCGUCGGCUACUUUAUCAUGCUCGAGAAGCACUGCCAGGUGAUGCUCCUCUCCGAGCCUGCUGCCGCCGCUCGUGGCACCAAGCCCAUCGUUAUUGGUCACGAAGAGGCCGAGUUCACCCGCAGACAGGUGGGCAGCGACCAGGCGCUCGCCUUCCAGGCUUCCGUCUACUUUGACACCGUCGCCCGUCUCGACAAGGGUGCGUGGAAGGAGUAG